UUCAAUAUUUUCUGUAUUUUAGCGUUAAUUUGGAGGAGGAUAACUUUCUCACUCCUUCAAGAUUUCUAGCUUUGUAAUAUACAAUAACCAGCCAAGUAAACAAUGAAGAGUUGAAUAGAGUGUAAGAGUUCAUUUCUUGUUCACGAGAGUUAAAGAAACUAUGCUUGAAGAAAGUUAUACCUGAGUUUCCAAUUGAUGCCCACUAUAUACAUUUGUAAACAUAAACAGCACAGAUAAACAAUGUCUGCAACCCGAUCACUUACAUCAUCAAGGAAAAAGAAGUCAUCACAGCCAUUCUAUAACACCUCUGGCAUCACAACUAGUGCCAAGAUAAUUGAAGAAGCCCGUCGCUCUGUCCGAGGAGCCCUACCCACCGACCGACCAUUCACUCCUGCCGAGCCAGGUAGAAUCUUGUUCGGAGGUCCGACCAGUCUCAGUCGUCCACCGUCUGUAUACAGUAUCGGAGCACGCCACUUUUCUGAUGAGAGGCGGCCAAGUACCAGUCAGAAGUUGGCCCCCAUUGAGCAAACUGCCCUAGAAGAUGGAUCAUUUAAGAUCUCAAGAAGCAAAGUCUACCCAACUCCCCCCACUCCAGUUCAGUCCUUCUUUGAUCUCUCGUCCUCUUCCACCGACCUCAUCGAGAGUACAGCUAGUCACAGGUCCUUCCAUACUGAGCAUACACUCGACAGUGCAUCUAAAACCAGCAUAACAUCCACCGAUUCGAGCACAACUGAGUUGAAACAAAGUCAGUCCUCUCCGAAACUUAGUAAGAGGUCUCGUUCUGCCGGUGCUGGCAAGAGAGUUCUCUCAGGGGGAUCGGUACGUUCACAAGAUGGAGGGAGGAUUGUCUCGGCGGAAGAAAGAAAGGGGAGGACAAGAAACAGAGACAAGCCUCCUACAGAAGUUGCAAAUCCGUCAGAAAGAAGGUCUAGUAGAACUUCGAAACAGUCAUCUCGAAAAUCGUCAGUGAGCAAUGUAGAGUUGCCAGUCUGGGACUCAGAAAUCCUACCCCUUCUCAAGAGACUGGACGCCACAUCUUACGAGAGCACCACUGAGCUGUGUGAAACCUGUGAUCUUAUUUGGUCUAGUUUAUCGACACACUCGCUCCUGGGUAGGACUGGUGGUCUGGGUGGAACCAAAAGGCGCGGGAAUGUGUUGCGUACUGUCUUCAGACUUCUUGAUCACAAGAACCCACACGUGCUGCUCAAAGUUUCAAGAAUUAUUCUUGCUAUGAAAGUGACCUCAAAGAACUUGCUGAACGUGUGCAAACUUCUGUUUGCGAUUGCCAAAAGUGACAAGAAUGAUGAUAUAUUCAAGCAAGAACACAUUUGUGGUCCGUUAGUGGAGCUGCUCUCUACAGCUGAGCCUGGCUCUGACCCUGAGGCCCUGGUGUACGGUCUGGGCACUGUCAAACUACUGGCCAGCAACUCUGGUUUGAGAGAGGAGCUGGGGAAGGCUGGAGUCAUGAAGCUGCUGGCUAGUACGCUGCAGAGUUGCACCGAGAGCUUGCAAAGUGUAGACAAGAAGCUAGUUAGGAACAUACUGGUUCAGUUAACUGGAGGCCUGAGGAACUUGUCUGAUGCCGUGGAUCAGAAAGAACAGUUCUUGUCCAACUCUGUGAUACCACGACUGGUCACUGUCAUUGGUAACCACACCUCUGACGUCGAGAUAGUCUUCAACAUCUCCCGACUGUUUAGCAAGCUGACAAUCCAAUCAGAGUAUCAGAUGGCUGUGAUGCAGUGCUCCUCGCUACUACCACUUCUCUUGCAGGCUCUCACCGUCCAUUCCUCUCAUGCAGAGAUAACAGUGCGGGUAUGUUUCAUCCUGGGCAACCUGGUUGGUGAUGACCCAGUUGCUAGAGAGAUGGUCUUCUUCCGUUAUUCUGCACUCUCCGUACUCAACCCUGUCUUUUACAACCAUCUCAGUUCACUGUUGCAGGAGGUUGACCCUCCAGUCUCUUCGUCUGGGACCAGUACUGCUAAGAACACAACAUAUGAUGUUUUGGUUAAGUUGGUUCGUCUUGUGGCUAACCUCUCAGUACACCCAGAGGCGGGGCCUGCCAUUGCUCAGGACAAGGACACAGUGGAUCACCUCUUCUGCAUACUAGGUAUUGUCUCCCUGUCUGAGCACGAAGAGUUGAUACUGAACACUCUGGCUACCCUCAACAACCUCACCUAUUACUCUGGCCCAGACUCCUGCAUUGCACAGAGACAAACUGAACUGGCUGAGUUGCUCCUGAAGGUGAUACUGGUGGACAACAGUGAUGGGCUUCUGGAAUGUACCAGAGUCUACGGUAACUUAUCGAGGUACCCUGGAGUCAGGAAGAUCAUCGUGGACAAUAAAGUUGAUGAAAUUAUGGUUGCACUUUUGGACUCUGACCGACGAGAGAUGAUCUACUGUGCGUGUGGAGUAUUGGUCAAUAUCAUGGCCGACAGUCAGUACAGAGACACUUUCUCUGGCAAUGGAGGAAUCAGAAAGUUGAUUGAAGUACUCCAUGACUUUGGGAACAGUGACUGGCAGCUGGCUACUCUUGUGUGCAAGAUACUCUGGAACUACAGUGAGAGCAUUUCCACCAAUUCCCUGUGUUUUGGAGAAGAGGAAACAUCUCAGUUGGUCCAGCUCUUGGAGAGCUACUCCAGUGAAUCGUGUGUAUUGAGUUACCCUCCGGACACAGAUGACUCUACCAAGCAACUCCUCUCUCUAGCUUGGCACAGUGAAUUCCUUCCAAUCUCAAAUGGCCUCCUCAUUCGUUUACAAACUCACUCCACUCUGUUAGAACCUUUAUCACCCGAGGACUAUCACAUGUCAGAAAGAUAGGAUUCUACUAGCCUAUUAUUUUAUAGAGCAUUUUUUUUUUUAUUCCUUCCCCACAGUUUGUGUUCCUAUAACAGGUAUAAUGUAUGUGGUUGUGUCUUUCUAUAAUUAUGAUGACUCAAA